AUGGCUAGUAUUUUAUUUCUUCCUCUACUACUACACAUCUGUUUCCUGAGCUUCACCACAGCCCAGGCCAAGAAACAUGUAUCAACCGACCUAUUUAACUCCCUGGAAGAGUUAUCCCGACUAGUGGAUAUUUCAUACUGCGUCGGAACAACAGGAGUACAACAACCAUUCCAGUGCCUCAGCCGCUGCAUCGAGUUCCCAGAUCUAGAACUAGUAACAACCUGGAACACAGGCAUCCUCCUCUCCGACUCAUGCGGCUACAUAGCUCUCUCCCACACCCCCACUGCUAAACAAAUAAUCCUCGCCUUCCGCGGCACUUACUCAAUAACAAACACAAUAAUCGACCUCUCCGCCUAUCCCCAAUCCUACAUCCCCUACCCAGACCCAGACGAAAACACCACCACCACCACCACUACAAUCACAGCCCCGAUCCCCGCAGGUCGGCAUUGCGAAAACUGCACCGUCCACGCAGGCUUCAUGCGCUCAUGGCUCCACACCCGAGCAGAAAUCCUCCCCGUCAUGUCUGUCCUACGCCAAAAAUACCCAGGUUACGCCAUAACGCUAGUCGGCCAUUCCCUCGGCGGUGCAGUCGCAGCACUAGCAGGACUAGAGAUGCGUCUGAAGGGCUGGGAUGCGACGGUGACGACGUUCGGGGAACCGAUGAUUGGGAACGAGGCGUUCGCGGCAUUCCUUGAUGAACAGUUCGGGCUCGGGGAUGGGAUAUCGAUCCCGCCGCUGGAGGGGGGUCAGCGGUUCCGUCGUGUCACGCAUAUUGGGGAUCCAGUUCCUAUGUUGCCGCUUGCUGAGUGGGGAUAUCGACCUCAUUCUGGAGAGGUCUUUAUUAUGAGGGAGGAGUUGCCGCCGCGGAGGGAGGAUGUGGUUCAUUGUUUUGGUGCGGGGGAUCCUGGGUGUAUUGCGGGGGAGGGGUUGUAUCGAGAUUUGAAUGUUCCUGUUGGGUUGGCUGGUUCUGCUUCUAGUGGGGAGGGGUGUCGGUCGAGUGGCAGUGGUGGUGAUGUGUCUGAGGAGCAGGAUAUCUUAGGACGUGAGAGUUCAGAUCCAGAUAUUGCUGGUUGUGAGGAUAAAUUAUCGCCUCUGCGGUGGGAUUGGUCUCUUAUACCGGCGAGAUAUCGGCUUUGGGAACUGUUUUAUGCUCAUCGGGAUUACUUUUGGCGGAUUGGUCUUUGUGUUCCCGGGGGAGAUCCAACUGGAUAG